AUGUGUAAAGAUCUAAGUGAAAAUGAGAGAAAUAUACGAGCUGUAUUUAUUCAAAAAAUAUUGAAUAAACAAAAACACUUUGAGGGCAGAAUAAAACUUGUUGGAGGAAGUGACAAGUUUGAAGGUAACGUGUACAUCCAUCAUGCUGGAAGAUGGGGGGCUGUAUGUGAUGACUCUUGGGACAAUGCAGCAGCCAAGGUCGUUUGCCGUACCUUUAAUAAGACUGGUGAAGCCACUCAUGGGAGUCAAUAUGGAGAAGCGAUUGAAAAGUUCUGGAUGGACGAUGUGGUGUGCGAAGGUACUGAGACAUCGAUCAGUAACUGCAUAUUUUCGGGUUGGGGCACCUCUGACUGUGAAUCGAGCGAAGCAGCUGGUGUUAUAUGCCAUAAUAAAGUGGUACCUGAAGUCAUUGACGCUGAAUCAAGAUAUAUACAUGAAGUGAUUGAUGCCAGCAGUACUAGCUUGAGAUUGGCUGGUGGUAGAAAUAACUUGGAAGGGAGAGUAGAGAUAUACUACAAUAAUACAUGGGGCAGCAUCUGCCCGGAUGGCUGGACACUGUACGAAGCAUCCGCAGUCUGCCACCACCUUGCUUUAGGUCAUGCUGUACAGGCACCACAAAGUGACUUUUUUGGUGGCUCCAAGAUCGUUCUCAGCGGUGUCGAAUGCCAGGGGAAUGAGACGAAUUUGUUUACAUGCAAACAUAGGGCGCUUGGUGACGUUGUCUGCCCUGGAGAAAAAGGUGUCAUCUGCACCAACCACCUAGCCGAUCUCCAACUGGACACAAAAGCUAUAGAAAUGUCAGCUCAUUUGAAAGACUCCACUUUGUAUGAGCUGCAGUGUGCAAUGGAAGAGAACUGUUUAAGUAAAUCUGCAUAUGAGAUCCAGAAAACGAACCCCAACUGGCAGUUCGAGACUCGGAGGUUACUGCGUUUCACGGCUUCGUCAUUAAACAUAGGAAAUGACGACUUCAGGCCAUAUUUACCUAAACAUUUAUGGCAGUGGCAUCUCUGUCAUAAGCACUAUCACAGUAUGGAAGUGUUUGCAACCUUCGACGUGCUGGACAGCGACGGCCAAAGAGUCGCAGAAGGCCAUAAAGCCUCCUUCUGCUUGGAAGACAACGAGUGCCGCCCGGGGAUCGAGAAGAAAUACUCUUGUGCUAAUUAUGGAGACCAAGGUGUUUCAGUAAACUGCUCAGAUAUAUACAGAUAUUAUUUGGACUGCCAGUGGGUAGAUGUAACGGACGUCGAACCAGGAGACUAUAGUUUUAAGGUCGCAGUAAACCCACACGCUCGGAUCGCCGAACAAAGCUACCACAAUAACGCCGCGUCGUGUUCACUACGCUUAACUGACACUUACGCCGUUGUGUACGGGUGCAGUUUGGGAAGACCUUAA